AUGGCGCCCGGGCAGGGAGGCAAGAGAAAACGUACUGAUCGCACAUGGCCCCACGACUCGCCAACUAACGACGGUCUUCGACCCUCACCUCAUCGCCCCGGUACCCUCAACAUGGCAGGGCACGGUGGACAUCAAUCGCCUCCUCCGCGGGACCACAAUGACGGGCGCGACCGAUCCCGCCGACACUCACAGCGUGGCCCUGGCCGAAACAAUUCCCGCCGUCCGUCUUUUGAGAAUCAGAAUUUUUCGAAUUCGCAGCAGCGAGACCCGAGCGCAAUGUCUCCUCCGCCGCCCACUCAACCUAAAGAACCAACAGAGCCUUCGCAGGCCAAUGGAGAGCCUGCAGUCAUACAGCCUAUCCUAUCUCCCACGCCUAGUACCCCUGCUACGAAUGCGCAACCUCGACCCCACUCCCGAGCCGGUUCCGACGCUGUGAUCAGUCGCCCCGCCGGCCCUCCUCCCCCGUACGACUACGAAUAUGUCACGGAUUCUCUUGUUGAAGCAUGGUUCUCAGCUGGAAAAGGAAAGGUUAUCGAGUCUGGAAGCGAGGCCUGCUCGCAGCAGGAUAUCUUCCGCUUGGCAUCGAUUUACCAAGAACUCAUUCGAUCUGCGAUUUACGGCCGUCUCUCUGCGACUGAAGCCGGCUCUGCAGUUAAGGACAUCCUCGGUGAAGAACAGGAUGUAGACAUGGAGGCUGCAGGUCAGAGAUCUUCAAGCACAGAACUUGACCCUCGAUCUCUCUUCCUCGACACGUUAUCUAUUGUGACUGACACAGACACCUCUAACCCCGUCCUCAAACCACUCGUCUUCGCAACCGCAAUUUCACCUUCACUCAUGCGCCUUCAGCUCGAGACACCCCUGCUUCAGUCCUUGGGAUUGGUUCGCGACACAUUUGCACGCAUGGGCAUUCGCAAGCAAACAAACCUACUUUACCGACAGUCUAACUACAAUUUGUUGCGUGAGGAGUCUGAAGGCUACUCGAAACUUCUUACCGAACUCUUCACUACCAGUAACAAUGAACCUCCGACGAGUGAUGUGGUCGAGGAGACAUUUGAAAGAGUGAAGGCUAUGAUCGGAGCUUUCGAUAUGGAUGUGGGCCGAGUGCUGGAUGUGACAUUGGAUGUUUUCGCCGCAGUCUUGGUGAAGCAGUAUCGAUUCUUUGUGAAAAUGCUUCGAGCUAGCUCUUGGUGGCCUAAGGAAGACCCACUGUACACCGUGGAGGGUGCUCGACGCUCUUCCGGACUGCCUAAUUGGGCUCUUCCUGGAUGUCAGGGAUGGAGUACAACGGAGGAAGACCGGGCUAACAUCAUGAAAGCCAAUGAGCAACGAGAUCGCGAUUUCUGGGAUCGUGUCCGACAAGUCGGAGUUCAAGCUUUCUUCGAGCUCGGCCGCAAGCCACUCUCCGAAGAAGACCUGCAACAGGUUCUGCCGGAAGCCAACAGUCUCCCCGAAGAGGAAGAUGCCACAAAGGCUUGGAUCGAAAAGACGGGGACGCUACCUCCCAAAGGUAAUCGAGUCGCCGCGCAACUACUCGGUUUCAAAUUACGAUUUUAUUCUUCCAACGCCCGCACUAAGUCUGAUGUAUUGCCUGAUAAUCUGAUCUAUCUCGCGGCUCUCCUCAUCAAGAUCGGAUUUAUCUCACUUCGGGACCUCUACGCUCAUCUCUGGAGACCCGAUGAUUCCAUGGAUGUCUUGAAGACCGAGAAGAUGGCAGAGAAGGCGGAACGAGAGAAGGCUGCUCGACCUGGAGGCGGUGUCAAUGCUCUCAUGAUGGCCGGUGCUCUAUCAGACGACACACUCCCACCAUCUCGCCUUCGAGAAUCCGAAACAAGAAUUCAGACGCCUUCCAAGGAUCAAGACACCGACAAGCAGUCCACAAAACCGGAGAAUGAACUCCCAGAUCCGUCAGAUCAAAAGGUCUUGCUUCUGAAGAGUCUUCUCGCUAUCGGUGCCAUACCAGAGGCUCUCUUUGUCAUGAGUAAAUUCCCAUGGUUGAUGGAUGGAUACCCUGAACUCCCCGAGUUCAUCCAUCGCAUCCUUCAUCAUUGUCUGAGCAAGGUCUACACGUCUAUUCGCCCCUUGGGCUCGGCUGGAAACUCCCCCAACGACCGACAAAUCCUGAAUUCAGACCAAGCUGGCGCAGCCAAGGGCACGGUUCGACUUGUCAGCCCACCAACUCGACGAGUUCUCCGAUGGGCUCAGCUGGACAAAGAGGACGACACAAGCGAUGGCAUUGAUUAUCGAUUCUACUGGGACGAUUGGGCUGAUAAUAUUCCGAUCUGUCAAUCCGUGGAUGAUGUGUUUGCUUUGUGCUCCUCCUUCCUUAAUCUGUCCGGUCACAAGAUUGGACAAGAUGCGUCUUUACUCUUGAAACUCGCGCGCAUCGGUAAGGACAGUCUAUCCAAGGAUGAUUCCGAGGAGAACAGAACUCGCUGGCGAGACAUGUGCAAGCGCCUCAUUUUGCCAUCCAUCAGCUUGACAAAGUCCAAUCCAGGCGUUGUGAACGAAGUCUUUGAUCUUCUCAGUUUCUUUUCUCGGGAUGUUCGAUACAACAUGUACGCAGAAUGGUACAGUGGCCAAACUAGCCGAUUACCUGACAUCAAGAGUGCCUUUGAUCAAGCAAAGGCCGAGACCAAGGACACGCUGAAGAGGUUGAGCAAAACCAAUGUCAAGCCUAUGGCUCGUGCCCUAGCCAAGAUCGCGUACGCCAAUCCUGGAAUUGUCAUCAAUGUGUCUAUUGGUCAGAUUGAGUCGUACGAGAACCUCAUUGAAGUCGUUGUCGAAUGUGCUCGUUACUUCACAAACCUGGGCUACGAUAUUCUGACUUGGUCACUCAUCAAUUCCCUUGGCCAGAAAGGAAGAAGCCGUGUUCAGGAGGGCGGUCUACUCACCAGUCGCUGGCUCAAUGCCUUGUCUACCUUCGCUGGUCGCGCCUUCAAACGAUACCCUGUCAUGGACCCAGGUCCCCUUCUGCAGUACGUUGUGGAGCAGUUGCGCCGAAACAACUCAACCGACCUGAUUGUCUUAGAGCAACUCAUCAGCUCCAUGGCUGGUAUUAUUACGGACAAUAAUUUCAACGACAACCAAAUUCAGGCUAUGGCUGGUGGCGAGAUUCUCCAAGCUCAGACCAUUCUGCAACUUCUUGACAGACGUCACGAGUCCAAGAUCACUUCCAAGCGCUUGAUCAAAUCGCUCACGCAUACUCGACUUGCUGGCCAGCUGUUGGUUGCAAUUGCUCAGGAACGCUUGACGUGCGUCUACAAUGAAUCCUCGACCGAACUCAAGUUGCUUGGCAAUAUCUUUGAUGAGAUUCACCGUACUCUGACUCAGUAUCUUGAUCUAUUGCGCAGCAACCUUACAAUUGACGAGUUCGAUUCAUUUGUCCCUGACUUCUUCUCACUCAUCAAGGAGUUUGGAGUUCAGCCAGAAAUCGCUUUCUGGAUUCGACGACCCAGUGUUUCCCGGAAGAUUGCCGACGUGGAACAGUUAAAGCAAGAGACUGAAUCCUCGACCAAGCCAAACCAAGGUCCUGAUGAUGUCAAGAUGGAGAAUUCCGACGAUGGGGAAAUCUCAGACAAACCUGAAGAAGCUGCAGUUGAAUCUGGAAUGGAUUUCGCCUUAGCGGCUGAAGUUUGGGAGGUUGUUGGUGCUCAUUUUUAUGCCACUUUCUGGCAGCUGUCUCUCCACGAUGUGUACAUCCCAGGAAAAUCAUAUGAAGAUGAGAUUGACCGCCUGAAGCGUCGGGUCAUCACAAUUAAUCAUGAUCGCUCCGAUCUCAGCCUAGCAGGCACAAAGCGAAAGGAGCAGGAAAAGAAACAGAUCAGUCAACUUCAAGAGCGGAUCCUGGACGAGAAUAAGAACCACCUGAAGGCUUAUGAUCAAACCAGGAGACGACUCCAGAAGGAGAAAGACCGCUGGUUCCCUGAGAUGCGCUCAAGAUAUGAGGAAUUGAAUAUUGCCCUGUUGGAGCAAUGCUUCAUCCCUCGCUUGCUCCUGUCCCCUCUUGACGCCUUCUUCUCCUUCAAGAUGUUUAAAUUCCUCCACAGUUCUGGAACCCCCAAUGUUCGCACUGUUGGCUUGAUUGACCAGCUGUUCCGCGAGCAGAGACUUACCGCGUUGAUUUUCCUUUGCACUUCGAAGGAGGCCGAUAACUUGGGACGAUUCUUGAAUGAGAUUCUCCGUGACCUAAGCCGCUGGCAUGCUGACAAGACUGUCUAUGAAAAGGAGGCUUUCGGUACUAAACGAGACCUUCCUGGCUUUGCCAAGAGCGUUGAUCCUGAUGGCAUGCCAACGAAGUUCCUCGAGUUUGAAGAUUUCCGCCGCCUGCUGUACAAGUGGCACCGUGUCUUCUCCAACGCUCUUAAAGCCUGCUUCACUGGUGGUGAAUACAUGCAUAUUCGCAAUGCUAUCAGUGUUCUUAAGGCUGUGGUACAACACUUCCCAGCGGUCAACUGGAUUGGUCGUGACAUGUUGAACUGCGUGAACACUCUUAGUAAGACUGAUGAACGUGACGAUGUCAAAAUUCCCGCCGCCUCUCUUAUUGGUGACUUGAACCGCAGAGAGAAGACCUGGUUGCUUCCUCAAGCUUUCAACCUGGUUAUGGCCCAACCAGGCGACCUUGCUCAACAAAAAUCUGGAUCUCAAUCCGGCCAACUCCGUCCUUCUACCCCUAACAACCUGAAUGCAUCGGCACCUGAAUUCAAGCCAUCCGCCCAAGACUCUACCUAUUCGAAGCAAGAUUCCUCUGGCAAGAUUGAUGUGGAGGACGGCGAAAUUGAAGAUGCGAAGAUGAUGGAUGCUAGCUCCGUUAGCAGGGCAGGUGAUGGGGCAGGUUCCCAGACUGAACCUACAAAAGACGCAUCAAACAUUACUUCUAUGGAUACCAGCGCCGACGCCAUCUCUAUGGAACGCUCAUCAUCAGACCACCGUGGCCAGGCUGGCUUACAAGUGAGAUCGCAGUCAGGCUCUCGAGCUUCAGAUUCGGGCCGUCCCGGCGACAUUCCCAAGCGCCCUGAGCCUGAGCGUAUCGACCCACGCCAGCAAGCACAUCGACCACGCAUCAUGGAAAACAGAUUGCCUCCGCGUCCUGAAGUUAAUGAUGGACGAGGUAGACACACUGAUUUCAAUCCACGGACUCGUCAUGGAGUACCAGAUCGCUCAUUUGAAGCACCUCCCGUUGAUAUCAGAGUUCAUGGACGUCCAUCUGAUCGCGAUCGUGAUUAUCCUAUGAGACCGAUGCCAGACGAUCCCAUGCGUGGCCCACCUUAUCGUGAUGCUCGCCUACCACGUGAACAGGAUUGGCCGAUGGAUCGAUCAGGACGUAUGCGUCCACCUGAUUCAUUCCAUGGCCGUGAGCCUCCUGCUCGCCCCGAGCUGAUGCCAGAAUACCCCGAUCGCCCUGCGGAUGGCGCCCGUCGUGGAGAUCUGCCUGUCCGAUCAGAGAAGGAUGACCGACGUCCAUAUCCGCCUCGAGCUGCCUCUCCUCCACGAGCUGAGUUGCCAAAUCGUCCGGAGCGGAUGCCCAAUGACCGUCGCUCUGGUAACUUCGGACAACAGCCUCCUCGUCACGAUGAUCUCCCCAGGGGUCCUCGCAGUGAUCGCCCUAGCGGUCCUGACCCAAGAGAACCCGCUGCAGGCCCAGAUAUGGAUCAUGGUCGACUACAACCUCCGAAUGAUAUUCCAUCAGGACCUCGCAACAGACGGGGUGGUCGAAAUGCGCCGGGCCCACAGUCUGCUCCCAAUCAGAGCAAUGGUAAAGUACCUACACCAGAACGCCAAAUGCAAUCUGGUUCCAGGCGACAGAGUGGGCGUGGAGUCGUUCCUGACCAGCCUGCGGCUGCGGCUGCGGCUGCUGCUGCUGCUCAGCUGCCAUCUUCUGAUCGAGCCGAGCCACUAGGAAUUCACCCGGAUCGACUCAGACAAUUCCAAGAUACUCCUCAGCCUCCAACAGCGCCAGCGGCCGUCAUUCCUCCGGCGCCUAUCAUCACAAACAUGACUCCGCCCUCUGGUCCUCGUGCUGGCAACAAUCCCCCUUCGGGCUCUCGUGGACCCGGCAAUGACCGUGGACGCAGCGAUAAACGAUUUGCUGGCAUUAACAACAUGCUCCAACAAACUAAUGGCCCUGCUGAGCGCGGUAAUGCCACACCGCCAUCAUCUCGUGGAAGAGGGUCCAAUCGUCAAUCGAACACUGCAAACUCAUCUCCACAAGUUUCCAAUCGUCCCGGUACUGCUCCAACUGGACCCGAAGAUGAUAGCCAUUCCAUCCGUGGCCGUGCUGGGGGUCGAGGCGGUGACCUAAUUGAUGACGCUCCAGCUCCUCCAGCUGCUCCUGCUGCUGAAGGCCGCAGCUCUGGGCGUAACAAUGACCGUGACCGUGAUCGUGAUGGUGGCCACCGCGACCGCCGUGGUGAUGAAUCUGCAAGCAGUGGCAACAACCGUCGCGGAGACCGUCGUGAUCGUGACCGAGGCCGACGAAGCGAUGUGGGCGGUGGUGGUGCCGGUGGUGGUCGAGACGACAAGGAUCGCGAUCGCCCCACUGAAUCUCGAGAGUCUCAGCGCCGCAAUCCCAGCUCCCGUGAAGAAGCAAGACGUCGGGACCGCCGUGACCGUGAUGAUGGACCGGCUGAUACGGGUUCUGCCUCUAAUCCCAACGCAGCCUCCACCGAAGGCGAGGGUCGUAUUCGCCCAUCUUCGUCAAUGGGGGCACCGCCACCUCCGCCACCUCCACCUCCACCGCCGCCAAGUGACGAUAACUCACGUCGCUGGGGCUCUGGUGGAGACCGUGGCAACCGCAAUGACAAUCGCGGAGAUCGCGAACGAGAGCGCCGAGGUGAUCGCCGUGAUCGCGACCACCGAGAGAGUGGUGGAGGCUCAACCCACCGCAAGCGUGGACGUCCAAACCAGGACGAUAACUCGGGCGGUGGUGAAGGAGGUCAACGUGGCCAACGAAUGGGAAAUGAUAACAAGCGUCCCCGUCGUGGACAGUGA